AUGGCGGACCUCACCUUAGACAUCGCGGAGGUGCAGAUUGUGGUCCACUACCCAGCGGACGAGAAUGGAUUCUUCUGGCAUCAUCGAGUGCUUUUGCAUCGCAUUGCCGGAGGCCCCUUCCCCGGAGACAUCGUUGGCGAGAUCUACGCUCACGACCCCAUCGGCGCGGCGGCCUUGGCAGGGUUCAAGCGUGAGGCGCAGAUCCAAGUCACGAUCCUUGGUGAGGGCGACAUCGAGAACAUUGAGGCCUUUCAAUGGGUGGUGGCCGAAGCCGGGCGCCCGGACUUUGGAAAUGUGGUGGACGCCGCGCUCCUUGGGAACGAGGCGACUGGCCUGGCCUUCAUGCAGAAGGGCGUGGUGAUCGUCAGCGGCGAGGAGCUCUUCGUCGAGAGAGUCAUGAGCAAAGACCUGGUGGACUGGCGGCGGCAAAAGGCCUUGAUCUCAGCGACGUCCGGCUUCUUGGAGACCAUCGACAAGGAGUUCCCGAUCCACGGCGUGCGUGCGGCCAAGAAGGAGUUUCAUGAGUCCGUGGCGGCCAGUGCCGGCGAGUUCCUCGUGUACCACGCAGAGUGGGUUAGGCUGUCCGGAGUUAGCAAAAAGACCAGUGCGGCCCACAUCCAUCGAGCACUUUGCGAGGCACUCAGGCUGAUGCAUAGCUUCGACCAGAUCGACACCAGUGCCAUCGCCAGUGGAGAACACCUGACAAGAUGGCUCAUCCAAACCGAGCUGGCUGUGGAGCGAAAUCCCCAACAGCCCGAUUUCAGCGGCCUCGACAUCAUCAGCGGCACGGCCCAGCUACCUGACGGCAGGGAUACCACCUCGAAGUUCACCGACUGGGUGUCGAACAGGCUGAAGGAGAGGGCGGCGAUCUGGAAGCAGGAGCGCUUGUACAACCAGGAACGACGUCAUCUUCGAGGACCUCGCGGCGGGCGGGCGGACCACGGCGACUCCAGCGACGACGAGGAGCAGACCGGCCUCACCGGGGCGAGGAAGAAGAAGAAAAAGAAGAAGGGCGGCAAGGGGGAGGGCAGUGGCGACGCAGCCGGCGCCGCAGAGGCGGGACAAUUCCGGCGGCUACGGCGAGUCGACUGCUCACUGCGGUCAUUGAACAUCCUUGCCGCCGCCGACAACAAGAAGGCCAGUUUUGGAGACAUGCCGUUCACGGCGGUGCAGCGGUGGAUUCUGGAGGACGUGACUCGCAGGGUCAACCAGUACGGGGGUUGUCCCCCCGAGAUCACCGAGCAGGCCGCCCUGGCAGAUCUCAAUCAGCGCGCCAACCUGUAUGAGCAGGAGGCCGGGCAACUUGUCCCCUUUGACCUGGACAAGGACGCCCGGGGAUUGGCUCCCCCGGAAGUACAGGGCUACAUCGACCACUUUGCCGACCUGCCUCGGACCGCGCCAGAUGGCGGCCAACUCCCUGAACAACUCCGACUGCGGGCGCAGAAAGUUUCACAGAAGACGCUCACGGCCUACCACAACCACGUGAGGGACUUCGAAAGCUGGGCACGUCAGCGGGGGCGGCGAGUCACCAAAGCCAACCUGGACAAGAUGGUGACCUCUUACCUCACCUGGCUCUCGGAAGGCGAUGAGACAGACCCUUCUCCUGGCGCCUACCUCUCAGACUUCCUCGUGAACUCCAAAGAGGCUUUGGCUGGUUGGAAGAAACAAGCACUGGGACGCAUGCGCAUGCCGGUGCCCGAGGAGUUUGUCUACGACCUGGCCACCCACGCGCUCGAGACCGGGCACCUGGACGUUUGCGAAACUACGAAAACAGGAGAAGUGGAUGACUCUGUCCUGGUGGCUGACCUUGGCGACCGAGACUGGCUCCGACAGGCGCUGACUGCGUGGGUGGCUCGCUGCUCUGGACCCUUGUUCCCGAAGCUUCGCUUGGCUCGCCUGCUACAAAAGCUGUUGCGUGAUGCCUCACAUCCUUCGCCACAGCGGGGCCUCCAACGACGUGUUCCACAAACGUCGAAAGCUGGAGGAAGUGCAAAAGCGAGGUCGAUGGCAAGCCAAAAAGAGUGUAUCUCGAUACGAGAAGCACGCUCUCCUUCAGAAGCAUUGGCAAGAAGUGGAUCCUCAACGAAUGGGGUCCAUCAGAAGCAGAUCCCAGCUGCUGCCGCAAAACUUGCUGCGUCAGCUGCGAUGACUGGCUUGGCCAAGCAGUAA